AUGAAACCGAACUUGCUAGACCUCUUCAUUGGCCUCAAUGAAGCCCAGCUAACCGCUGUCACAGCUGAUCCUAGCCGUCCCAUUCAGAUCGUUGCAGGUCCCGGAACUGGGAAAACGAGAGUUCUGACCUCUCGGGUUGCAUUUUUGAUCUUGGAAAAGAAAAUCCCCCCUAGCAAGAUAAUUGUCACGACGUUCACCAAGAAAGCCGCCAAUGAAAUGGUAGAGCGGUUAACGGCAAUGCUUAGUCCGUUUGAAGUUCCGGUCUCAGAGCUGUUUAUCGGAACAUUCCAUAGCAUAUGCAUCCGAUUAUUAAGACGUUAUCAUGGAAAAUGUGGUUUGAGACCUGAUUUUGGCGUUGCUGAUGAGACAGAUACGAAGAGUGUUAUGAAACACACUUGUCCAGACUUGGGUGAGAAGGAAAGGGCCAAAGCCAGAGGGUAUAUUUCCAAGCUCAAAGCACAAGGAAUCACUCCAGAUGCUUACCGCGCAAUUCCACGUCAUUCUGCUGAAAUUGCCUCGGUUUACACGAUGUACGACUCUUACCUUGAGUCACAUGGUCUCCUAGAUUUUGACGAUAUUUUGCUAUAUGGUCUUCGACUAGCUAGAGAUAACGGCAAGUGCCUUGACUUUGUGCGACAUGUGCUGGUAGAUGAGUUCCAGGACACCAACAAGGUCCAGCUGGAUCUUCUGUUUGCGCUUGGUGAUAGGUCUACAAAGUUUCAACACAACGUCACUGUAGUUGGUGAUCCAGAUCAGAGCAUAUAUGGAUUUAGGAGUGCGGAUCCAGCCAGUUUCCGCAGUAUGGCAAAACGGUAUGAAAACUUGCAUCAGGUGAAUUUGAAUACCAAUUACAGGUCUACAGCCUCGAUUUUGAAUGUUUCAGAGGCGAUUAUGGGUCACCAGACUGCGAAAAGAACUUCCAAAUCGCUAAGGAGCAUUUGCAGUGUCAAAAUACCUGUUGUUCAUUCAAAGCACCGAACUAAUAAUGACGAGGCUCGUUGGAUAUCCGACCAAAUCUCUAUGCUCAAAGCAAUGCCACAUCUCUUCGAAUACUCAGAUGUCGCCAUACUCUUGCGAUCGCGGUUCUUGUCACGAGUUGUUGAGCAGGAGCUUAUGAAGAAGAAAAUCCCUUACCAUCUUGUGCAAGGCCAGGCCUUUUGGGAUUUGAAGGUUGUGAGAAGCAUGUUGGACUACUUGAGGGUUGUCUCGAGUGAUCUGGAUGUUUUGGCAUUCUCCAGAACAAUAAACUUUCCUGCUCGAAAAGUUGGUGCUGUUUCUUUGGAAAAGUUAUUAUCACAAUUCCAGAGCAGUGUUGGCUUUAACAAUGUGGGUGUUAGUGACAUGCUCAUAGGAGUUAUUGAAGGCACUGGCAUUAAACUUGGCUCCGGGGUUGUUUCGGGUCUGAAAGAAUAUCUCUCAUUAAUUCAACAAUGUCGAGAAGACAUUUCUGUUGCUGAAAAUCCAUUGGAUGGUGUUUUAGCCGCUUUUGAUAGAAUUGCUAGGACUACCGAUUUGGCUAAUUGUGUCAGAGAAGAGAAGUCCAAAAGGUCUAAACGAGAACUGAGAGAUGAUGAGUUGCCUGAAAAUGAUCUGGAAGAGCUAAGGAACCAGAUUCGUGAAUUUGAGCCUGCUGAAGAGAUUUUGGAAGAUUUAAAAACCGAAACUGAACAGUCUUUCUUGGACAGCUUUUUGGAGUCUAUUCAUUUCUACUCAGCCGAGAAAGAAGAAGCCCAAACAAAGGUGACAAUCUCAACUAUUCAUGCUGCCAAAGGACUGGAAUGGCCUAUUGUUUUUGUUCCUGGUUUAACCAUGGGCGUGUUCCCAAAUUACAAUGCCUUCAAGGCAGAUGAGGACGAGGAGUUCACGGUACCAAAAGGUGAUGAAAAUGCGAUUGACGAGGAGGUUCGGUGUUUUUAUGUUGCUGCAACUCGUAGUCAAAGACUUCUGAUGCUUUCUUCGUUUGAAAGGAGGGCUAUAGAUUCUGAAACGUCUCUGGAGGUUUCUCCUUUGCUGAAAGGCUUGGGGAAGAUGGAGCCAAAACUGGACACUCUUGACCUGGGUAUACGAAAACUGCUGUAUGAAGCAAUGACGAAGAAAUUUCAGUCGGUUAGUGAUGAAGAACGUCAACUGCUUGAGGCUAUCGGUGGUGCUGCAAUCGUGGGGUCUGGAAUCACUACGGCUCUGUAUGCUCCAAUGAACGCUCCAAGAGAAGUUAGUGGUCUAUCCGGGCGUUUCAAGAGAAAAUUCGAAGGGCAGGAAGGGCAACGCAAUCUCAAUAGACUGCCGCAUAUUAACAUGGAGAGGAGGGGCGCGAACUCGGAGGUUUCGAUCUCUUCAGCAACGGGUCAUUCCAACAGUCCUCUUCAACCCUUGGUCAACUCGCCCAAGUUUGCUCCACCGAGAGGUGUAACGUCUGGGACUGGAAAGAAGCGUUUAGGGAUGGGACGUCCCAGAAUGAUGUAG